AUGUCGGCAUCCAACUCUGCGGCCUGGCUUCUAGAAGCGGGCGGAAACUUUGUUGUCAAAGAGGCCCCAUUGCAUAGCCCCGGUCCUGAUGAAGUUCUAAUUAAGAACAAAGCUGUCGCGGUCAACCCCAUGGACUGGAAGAUCCAGGCCUAUGGACCGCAUCUUCCUUUUCCCAAACAAUAUCCUUUCGUGCAUCCUCGGCGCGACAUAGCCGGAGAAAUCUACGAAGUGGGCCAAGAGGUAACCACCUUCAAAAAGGGAGACCGAGUAAUGGGAGGAGCCAACUGGUUCCUUACCAAUGAAAUCAGGGACUCCGGAUUCCAAAACUACACGAUCUGUAAAGCAACCCUCGUGGCCCCACUUCCGGACACCAUGUCCUUCGAAAGCGGGAGCGUCCUCCCUCUAGCCCUAUCCACGGCAGCAAUGGGCCUCUACCCAGCUGGUCGGCUUGAACUCCCCUUACCCCAUACCCUUGAACCAAAACCAAUCAACAAGGUUAUCCUCGUCUGGGGUGGCUCAUCGAGCACCGGCAGCGCAGCAAUCCAACUGGCAGUAGCAUCGGGGGCAACGGUCAUCGCCACCGCGUCUGCAAAGAACCAUUCCUUCGCGCAGAGUCUCGGUGCCGCUAAGGUGCUGGAUUACCACAAGGAUAGCAUCAUCAAAGACCUAGUCAAGGCUAUUCAGGAUACUCCCGGGGAAUUUGCGGGUGCCCUGGAUGCUAUUGCGGAGGAGGAGACGGUAAGGAGCUGUGCGGAUGUGGUUAAGGGACUUGGUGGUGGACGUGUGGUCACGAACUUGCCUAUGCCGGUUAAGGAUAUACCUGAUGCAGUAGAGGUCGUUGGUGUUGUUGAUGUCGCGAAUAUCUCUGAUUUUAAGAGGAUCUCGGAGGGUAUCUGGGGUAAGUUUGUCCCUGAGGGACUGAGGAAUGGGACGUUGAAGCCAGUCCCUGAGCCCUUGGUGGUUGGGGAGGGCUUGGAGAAGAUCCCUGAGGGUGUCUCUUUGUCUCAGCAGGGCAUCUCGGCGAAGAAGAUCGUUGUGACCUUGUAA